AUGCGCACUCUUGCAUCCGUAGUGUUUUUAUUGACUGGAGCAAUAUCUCAACUGCGCAUUGCGAUGGCCUGUCAAGAAUUAUUGGACUGUAAGCCUAUGGGUGGGUUUACGGAGAAAUGUUUGACGGUGCACUAAAAGCAGGGUCUAAGCUCACGGAUAUUACAUUUACAGGCUUAAAGCUUUUCUCUGAUCGCAGAUAAAGUGCGGUAGUGGUGGCUGGCCAGCGGUGCUGCUGCAUGAAACACCGGCCGGUGUGUUGGCAUUUGAUUAAGACAUUUGAUGCCACUUUUCUAUGAACUUGUUGUCAUAUAGUGAUUUUAUUAGACUAAGUUUCUUCGACGUGGACGUGUAAGGGUAAAAAUGAGCGCAGUGGUAUAUGUUUUAUCCACGUUUACUGGUUACGUGCUUACGUCGGCAUUACUGCUGAAGUGUCCGUCUCUUCUGCAUCGGAGAAAGAGAGAAGCCUUUCGGAGCAGACACAUCUCACACCGCGGCGGUGCUGGUGAGAACUUGGAGAACACAAUGGCAGCCUUUAGGCACGCCGUUCAACUGGGCACAGACAUGUUGGAAUUGGACUGUCACUUGACCAAGGAUGAGCAGGUGGUCGUACUGCAUGAUUCUAACCUGAAGAGGUCGACUGGCCUUAACUCGUACAUCUCUGAUGUUGCCUACGCUGAUCUUCCACCUUACCUUUGUAAGCUUGGGGUGAGUUUCAAGCGAGAAUGCUUCUGUGAAGGUGGCGAUGACAAACGCAUCCCUCUGCUGAGAGAUGUGUUCGAAGCUUUCCCAAGCACCCCUGUAAACAUUGACAUCAAGGUCAACAAUGACACCCUCAUCAAGAAGGUGUCCGAGCUGGUCAUCCAACACAACAGGGAGCAUCUGACCGUCUGGGGAAACUCCAGCAAUGAAAUCGUUAAGAAAUGUUACAAAGAGAAUCCACGGAUCCCACUCUUGUUCAGCUUGCACAGAGUGCUGUUGUUAUUGGGUCUUUUCUACACAGGGCUUUUGCCUUUUGUCCCGCUCAAAGAGCAGUUCCUGGAGAUCCCCAUGCCUUCCAUAAUUUCUAAACUCAGACACCCUGAUCGUCAGACACGGAGUCAACGGUUCAUAACAUGGUUGGCAGACACGCUUCUUAUGAGAAAAGCUCUAUUUGAUCAUCUGACAGACAGAGGAAUACAGGUGUAUGUCUGGGUGUUGAACGAUGAAGAGGACUUUAAACGUGCCUUUGACCUUGGGGCCACAGGGAUUAUGACAGACUAUCCCACCAAGCUGAAGGAGUUCAUGGAGAAAAAACAACUAUGCCACCAACCUUAAAUAAGACAUGUCGAUCAGCGUAAACAAUCAACAUGCUUUUCCACAGAUCUUUGGACUAUUUGGUUUGGAAAAGGCAUCUUAAUUACCCAACAUUUUGAUGUGUAUGUCCAUGAUUGUAGAAGUGGCAGCUAUCAGUUCUGCUUACUUCAGAGCCAUUUUAUAGCAAAUCAGAUAUCAUUGCUUCAACGUAUCCAUAGCAAUACACAUUAUCCAUAGUAAACCGGAGGAUUCAUGUGAAGCUAUAGCUGUGAUGCAUUAUAAAUGGUUUUAGGGUGCUGUUGUGAUUGUCAUGAUAUUUCUGUGAAGUUUACAGGUGAAUGGUUUUAACAUGGGCACUUUUAUCAUACAGUACAUUAUUAACUGACAGUGGAUUGUUAUAUUACAAUGUGAGGAUGUGAAUCCCAAUUGUACUUGCUGUUUCCUCCAAUUGCAUCAGUUUCUGUGAUAAAACUGAACUCACUAAAGACUUAAUUGUCUAAAUGACAAGA